UCGAGCGGAGACGCGCUAUUCAACGCUGUAGUACUAGUAUUGCCAGACAUGGCGGCGGAUCUACACCCCGAGUGGAUAUCUUGUCUCCCUUCUUCUUGGAGUUAUGGGGUUACUCGGGAUGGACGUGUCUUCUUCAUCAACGAAGAAGCGAAGAGUACAACCUGGUUGCAUCCAGUAAGUGGCGAGGCAGUAAUAACCGGACACAGAAAAACUCCAGAUCUACCGACUGGUUGGGAAGAAGGAUAUACUUUCGAGGGAGCUCGAUGUUUCAUCAAGUGAGUCAGAAUUGUGCUGCCAUCCUGCUUCAACAUGCCUUUCUCAUUAUCUUAAUUAUUGCUUGGUUUGGCCCGCUUUGCAAGUCAUACUUGUCACACGGAUGACGACAAGGGAGACGUUGUGUAGUGUCAUGUCAGAAUGCCACAUCUUCUAUUGGAGACGUUGUGUAGUGUCAUGUCAGAAUGCCACAUCUUCUAUUGCCUCUGAUGUUCACAACUUUUGUAUGAAACACAAAGCCCAACCCUUAUUUGCUGUGCUGAUUUUGAAAGAAAAUAACAUGCUUAGAAAAUGACUGUCCUGUGAGCGUUACUCCUUUGUUUGCAUAUAGUAUCAGCAUGGACGGUUAAUGAUUAGUCAUUAUACUGAUACAGUCGGUGAGCAAAGUGUCAGUUGGUCUCAGUUUCAAACAUAAACAUCAUUCACAUUUUGACCAUGAUUGUGCUGGUGUGUAUGUAUAUAUGCUGAUAACUUGAAAACCUUUUUUGCAUUUGUGUUUGUGGCUGUAUGACUAAAACAGUCAUGUGUUCCACUAGUUCAGGGAAAGACACUUUCUAUUCCUCAUUUAACUCCCACCCUUCUGAACUAUAUUCGAGAAUUCUAUUUACGAAGUGAUGUUCACCAAAGAGGUUAGCUGAGGUCACCAUG